CCUCGCAAGCGAUCUUCGGGCUCCCUUGCUCGCGGUGACGUCUUCCCUCCGAUUGGCUCCCCGCGCUACCAGCUCCUUCCCCAUCUCCACCUAAACUUUUCGCGACGGGAAUUGAGACCACGCCCUACAGUAAACAUCGUUGUACGUCACGCCACACAUCUGCGCCCUUCACUCCGGCCAUCGAACUCCAAAGUUGCACACCGCCGAACCAUACCAUGGCAAACCCCGAGACGGCGCCCGAUGGCGCAUCCCUCUCCGCCAUGGCCCAACCACCCCCUCAGAAGAUCGACCCCGUAUACUACACAUGGAGCAGUACCUUCAACAUAAUGCUCGGUCGCAUGACAGGUUCUCGAGACAUCGAAUUAGAAAAGGGCUACUUCAGCGAAAUGGACAAGAUAAAAGCAGACUCGAUAUGCAAGCGAUGCGAGUCGAACAAGGAAUACCUAUUACAAUACAGUCCCAUUAUACGCUUCCUGUCGGAUGAAGUAUACAAGCUGGGAGGCGAUCUGAACAAGGACAAUAUACUGUGCCGCAUGUGCACGAAUGAGCAAUCGGGCGGUUUCUCCCUCGACCAUGGCAUCCUCCUCUGCGCCAACAAGUUCCGCAAUCGCGGACAUCAGGAAGACACCAUGGCGCACGAGAUGGUUCACGCGUGGGACCAUCUAAAAUUCAAAGUCGAGUCCGAGAACCUGCGACACCAGGCUUGCCUUGAGAUACGCGCUUCCACACUCAGCGGCGAAUGUCGUUUCUCUAGAGAGUUCUUCACACGGAACCAGUGGCGCAUCACCGAACAACUACAAUCGUGUGUUAGACGGAGAGCGACAUUAAGUAUGAUGGCUAGGCCAGGCAUAAAGGACCAAGAGCAUGCUGGAAAGGUAGUCAACGAAGUAUGGGAUAGUUGUUUCCGGGAUACCAGGCCAUUUGACGAGAUAUAUCGUUAAUGCGGACAAGUGAGAGAUGUGAUUGGUCGGUUCGUACGAUGUACUAUAACGGUUGUACUACCCUUGUACGUGCGCAUAGCGAUGGCGUUGAUAAGGGUGCUGGGAUUUUUAGGUAUACUAGAGGGCGUGGUGUUGUCUAAUAUUGCUUCUCCGCUCAAUUGACAACUCAGGCCUUAAGAGAAGUUUCGCGUAUGACCACUUUGUCGAGCUGUUUACUUGAGGAGAAGUUAGAAGUUGUUGUUUUUGG